AUGCUUGUAUCGAGAAAGCUAUUCUCGUACUGGACUUGCCAUGCCAUCACCGUCCGCGAUUCCAGUGACUGCAAGCAGCUACGUGACACCACCCCGACCGAAGCGGCCAAUGCCUACACCAGAAGCGCCGCGCAAGAGUCGCAAACAAAGGCUCCCCUCGUCUCCGACAACUUCGGCAGUUCCAUGGAAGCUGGCGUCAGCCGGGAUCUUGCAGAGAGGAUGCGGUUGGGUUUCUACAACGACUACAUGAAUCAGUUGAUCAAAGCCGGCCCGGUGGAAACGAACAAGCUUGUCUAUGUCUUGGAGCAGAUCCUAGAGCAGAUCAAGGUGGCAGGUGUCCCCGGCGGAGGCGAACUCCCCCAGGAGUUGGAGGACACGGUGCAGGUUAUUCGAGAUGUUUGCGAAGGGCUGCACGUGCUGUGCCAGGCUGGCAGUCCCUACAAACCAGACAGUUUGUUGCAGAUCUUGAACCACAAGGGAACCCAGGACAUCAUGAUGUCCGGUCUCAAGAUGGCAAUCCAGGGCGGCUGGACCAAGGCUUGCAACGACAUUCUGCGGACGGCUACCAACCUCAAAACGUGGUUGCUAUCCGCUUCGGCCAUCGAGACCAAGGUUGCUGAGGUAAAGGCCGCCGGCUCCGACUUCGAUUUCGCGUGCAUGGUCUACAUUAUGGGGCGCCUAGAGACCAGCAAAAAGGACCUGCGCCCGGGUACUACUGCUCGAGCAGAGGAGCUGCUACUUGACAUGGCCCAGAAGGCAACCGCAGCCAUCCUAGGAUCCGAAAUCAAAGUCGGACAGAUCGGCUAUGAAGACCGAGACAUCAAGACGGUGCAAAAGGCGUGGACGUUCCUGCCACAGAAUGCAGAGGCUCGGAAGCUGCAGCAGUGGCAUGCCCAGGCUGGGCAAGCUCUAGCGAUGCAGGAGUUUCUCGAUGCGUGCAAAGUGGACAGUUUCGAGGAUGCUGCGCUCUUUGAGCUGAUCAAGUCUUUCCCGAAGUGCAAGGCUGCUCUCCUCGAGCUACAGCAUGAUGAUGAUUCCAUGCAGAUCUUGCGGGGCUGCAUCUCCCCGCUCUUCAAAUGGCUCAGCCUGAAUGCUUUUGGCUGUGGGGUGUCCAGAACCACAGCUGAGCUGCAGGAGGCGGUUGACUUCGUUCAUCAGAUGGUGGUUUCGACCCAGCACCCCGCUAAGGACUGGUUGCUCAAGAAUGUGCUCGUGGCGGACGCGAAUGUGAAGGUUCGCCACAGCCAGGACGCAUACACCAAGCUUGGGACGACCCUCGAGGAGCGUGUGGAGCGCGACCGCCGCCGGAACAUGUUGCAAGAGUACAUGCGAGCUGUCCAGGCUUACAAAAAAGCCGCCAAGGACGUGGAGCAGUGCCGAGCUAGCAACAGUUUCCAGGAUGGCGAGGAUAUCGACGACGAGAGGCUGAGGACCCUGAAUUUCGACGAGAAGGCCCCGUUGGAUGUUUCGGAGUUCAUCGAUGCGUUGAAGUUGGUUUGCCACAACUUCAAGGAAGAGAUCAAGGAAAUGGCCAGCGCCUUGCAAGCACUCACCGGUGAUCUCUGCAACCCGGACAUGCCUGGUUACUGGCGUGCCGGUUUGAGCAGCGAUUGCACGCUUGCCGACCUCAAGCAAGCCUCAGUAGACUACUUGAAGAACUUCAAGGGCGGCAAGUGUCUGGAAGAUCACAAGGAGUACCAAAAGGCGUUGAAGGAGAUCUCAGAGUUCCAGACGACGUUUGGGGCCAUGGCGGGGGAUUUCGAAAUCAUGGAGGAGCUUCGCGUGGACAAAGAGGCUUUUGAGACCAAGCUUGUGCAAGCAAGAGUGACUGUCUCUGAGGGCAUCAUCAUCCUCGCGGUGCAGAGCCCGCGUUCGGUGGCACAAAAGCUGUUGUCGGAUGAAGCUCCGGCAAUUGCUGGCGGUUUGGUCCCAGAGAACAUGAUCCACCCGAUUUUGGUUCAAGAAAAGAACCGCAUGCUCGAGUGA